AUGGGCAAUAGAAGUAGAUCGAGUUCUAACGGUUCUGUGAAAAGUGAGCUGAACGGUCAGGAACAACCACUGGUCGCGGAGGGCAGCGGCGGUAGUGCUGGCGGUGAUGGAAGUAACAGUCCUCCGAAUUCCAGAAGAAGGACCAAAGCGUCUAGGGCAUGUGAUUAUUGCCGCAAGAGGAAGAUAAAGUGUGAUUAUAGCGAGGAGAGGGGGAUAUGUAGUAGUUGCUCUAGGAACGGCGAGAAGUGUAGUUUCGAGAGAGUUCCCUUGAAGCGGGGACCGACCAAGGGUUAUGCCAAGGGACAUAACAGGGCGCAGUCUGUGUCUAGUCAGCAGGAGGAGGCGGACAUGCCGUCUCCGCCAUCGAGGCCCGCUUCGGUACUGCUGCCGCCUUUGGCGCAAUAUCUUCCACAGGCGGGAGGCGCCAAGACUGCGUCGGCGUCGGCGACGCCGGCCGCUAAUGUUGCUGGCGCGGGAACCAUGGCACAGCAGCAGCAGUUUUGGAAGGUUCCAUAUCACGAGUUUCAAGGUCAGCGGAGGGGAUCGCUAGAUUCUAUGCAGAGUGAUCUUUCCGUGGGGAAGAGUCUGAACGAGAAUUUACUGUAUACUACGGCAUCAGGAUCUCAGAAUUUGGGUUCGCCGGCGGUAGUUUCGAACACCGGCGGCAACGGAGGAGACUCUAACAUGGCGUAUUGGUCGUUUGUGCGCAGUUCGGGCUCAAUGAUCGGACCGGAAGAAUUUGAAGAGAUGAGAAGAAAAUCCGGUUCUUUCCCUCCCAUCUUUCGGCAUUCUUCCAAUGCCAGUGCUCAGCAACAGACCCCGGCUGCUCUUUACCCUUAUUCGCAAUUUACUCAACAGCAACAGCAGCAAGGUAAACCGCCCAUGAACCCUUCAAUAUCCUCGUUCGGCCAGUAUGGAGCCAAUGGAUUCGAGUCCAGACAAGGAUCUAUUGUCAGUGAAAAUAUGUCGCCUAGCGCGCCGGCAUUUUACCAAGGUGUCAAUAUGGCUCUGUCAACUAGUCAGAAUCAAAGAAUCAUUGGUACGUCAGUGCCGCAACAACAGCAGCCACACAGGCCCUCACCAGCACAGUCUCAAGCCUCAACUAAUCGAGCAGAAAAUAUCGAUAGCGAGAGCCCAUCAGCGGGGAAAGCGCCCAAAAGACGCAAGAGAAGUGUAUCCGAGAGACGAACCAGGAGAGCCGAUAGCAGUGGAUCGAAAACAUCGGAGAGCUCUUCCAUUCGCCCUCCUUCGUGUGAAAGUGCAAGAACGGCCCAGAGAAAUGGAAUCAUAUACGGACAAGUUUCCGACGUCGACUUGAUAGACACAUAUUAUGAAUUUAUACACGUUGGUUUCCAGAUCAUUCCGCUGAAUAAAAAAACGUUAACCAAUGAAAUACUAUUAGUCAAUACUCAGCCAAUAUCGGGCAUUCACGAGAUUAACAAUUAUGUCAUACUGUGGUUCAGAAACUCUUUGGAGCUUUUAGUGCGAAUAUCAUUGAAAAAACGGUACAAUCAAUUCUUCCAGGCACCACGAAAUGACGGUACCUACGAUGAAAAAAGCGAUGCUAAUUUGAACAGCAAUUCCAGUGGUAAUAAUAGAAGGGAUUAUGAAAACGAUGAGUCGUUGGAAGACAAAUCAGUAUUCAUAUCAGCUUUGAAUGAGUGCCUGCAAAAAAUCGUUGACAUACACCCUAGAUUCAGAGAGAGCAAAGCACAAAUUUCAUCGAAAAUAAAAAUCAUAUAUUUAUCGACUUUCGUUCUAUUGAAUUAUAUCUUAGCCUUGGUUGGCUACGAUAACUCUUUCGUCAUAGGGAUGUCUGUCACAAUUUUCAAGGAAUUUAAAGUUUAUGAACAACUUGUGUAUGAGGAAAUCGAGGACAGUGCGGAAGGUGAGAUGUCGAUAAUCUUCAAAAGACUGUAUGUGCUACUCAUCAUUUUGGACUCCCUGCAAGUUUGCUGCUAUGGUGGACCUCAAUUGCUUAAUUUUCCAAUCCAGGGCUGUACUGAAAGAUUGUUUCAGACAGGAACACAGGAGAGCAAAUGGGAUAUCGAUGAUGAUCCGAUACGAACCAAAUGUAUUUUACAGAGCUUAAAGCUGGGCGAAUUAAUCAAUGACCUUGUAAGUAACAGGAGAUCAGUCCGCGACCUGACAGGAGCGAAUCUCAUUUGGGAGCCCUCUGUGCAACGUGGAAUUGCGCAACAAAUGGAUCAGGAUGAGCCUGUAACGAUAAUGCAAAUCUUUCACGAUUUUUUGUUCGUCAAGAACGGCCUUACAAACAAUCUUUUGUCCCUGAAAGACCUGAAAACAAACAAGUUCCAAGAGUUAACCAUUCAAUCAUGCGUGAAUUUAACAGGUUUGAUAUGUAACCUCAUAUCGCUUACUCUGAAAAUCCUGACCCUAAUAAUGAAGCUGAAUCCCAACAACAGAAUCGAUUACAAUUAUAGACCACGGACACCGCUUAGCAACGAGGACUCCACAAAGGACCAGAAUACUUCGACUGAAACCAUAUCGCAAUCCAGUGCUUCUUUGAACCGAAAUGGCAGCGAUUUUUACCAGAAACUGCUUGGGCUCCAAAAAAAUAAUGAUAAUGGCCUGAGUGAAGUCAUGAAGGGCGUUAUAUCGCCCUACUGUAUCCCCAUACUGCAUGAGAUUCAAAAUACCAAUGAAUUGAUAAAACAGAUACCUACACUGUUGAUUGGUGUCGUAAUGACUAUCUCUAACAAAACUCCCCUAGCUGGCCAAGGCGAUUUCGCAAAACCGCAGGAACUCGUAGUCGAGUUAUCAAACUCGAUGAAUGAGGUAGUUCAAAUUACCAGUCUGCUCAACAUGAUCAAACCUCUAAGACUGCUAGGACAAGAUCCGGGCACCGACUCCUCUUGGCGAUAUCUCACUGGCAAUGCAGGCUAUGAUAAGUCCAUUAUAGAGAGACUGUACGAGAGCAGAAACAGAAGGCCCGAAGGACAGCCAACGCCCGAGGAUUCCCUUAUCAACCCCGAGCAACUGCAGAUUCUCAAAACCUUGAACAAGGUUGGAUGGAAACUACUAGACGAUAAAGAGUUGGGCUGGUUCUAA